AUGGCGUACUCACCCGAGCAAUAUCCAGCAAACAAGGAGCGCAUCAAAGAGACGCAGCGUCGCUACUAUCUCAAGACGCGAGAGACUCGCCUUGCGAAGCAGCGUGAAUACGAUGCUAAACACAGAGAUCAGAUUCGAGCACUCAAGCGGACGCCAACCAAAGCAGUUACGAUCCAAACCGAACCUGAUGAAAUCGAACCGAACUUAAAUAAUGAAUAA